CUUCUCCCAGAGAAGGCAGAAACACCUCAAAGCCUGCAUGUAAGAACAUCUACUGAGAAAUUAUUUUAAUCAGACACCAGCUGACUGGGGGAAAGAAAAAGAACAGAGAAGAACAAACAAAACUCCCUCGGUCUUGGAUGUAGGAGAACCCAGCUGCAAUGGACUGGCACUCUUUUAAAACUGCUGCAGGGCUGUUCAUUUUUCUGGUGGUGGUGGAAGUUAACAGUGAAUUUCGAAUCCAGGUAAGAGAUUACAACACCAAAAAUGGCACCAUCAAGUGGCAUUCAAUCAGGAGGCAAAAACGUGAAUGGAUCAAGUUCGCUGCAGCCUGUCGUGAAGGUGAAGACAAUUCAAAGAGGAAUCCAAUCGCCAAAAUUCACUCAGAUUGUGCUGUAAACCAGCAAGUUACAUACCGCAUCUCUGGAGUAGGAAUUGAUCAGCCACCUUAUGGAAUCUUCAUCAUUAAUCAAAAAACUGGUGAAAUUAAUAUCACAUCCAUAGUUGAUCGAGAGGUCACCCCGUUUUUCAUUAUCUAUUGCAGGGCUCUGAAUUCACUGGGUCAAGAUUUAGAGAGGCCUCUUGAGCUCAGAGUCAGGGUUUUGGAUAUAAAUGACAACCCUCCAGUAUUUUCUAUGUCUACUUUUGUAGGACAAAUAGAAGAAAAUUCUAAUGCAAAUACGCUGGUGAUGAGACUCAAUGCUACUGAUGCAGAUGAACCAAAUAAUUUGAACUCAAAAAUAGCCUUCAAGAUCAUAAGACAGGAACCUUCUGAUUCACCAAUGUUUAUUAUCAACAGAAACACUGGAGAAAUUCGAACAAUGAAUAAUUUUCUAGACAGAGAGCAAUAUAGCCAGUAUUCCCUUGCUGUGAGAGGCUCAGACCGAGAUGGUGGAGCAGAUGGUAUGUCAGCAGAGUGUGAGUGCAACAUUAAAAUCCUUGACGUUAAUGAUAACAUCCCAUACAUGGAAAUGUCUUCCUAUUCCGUUAGUAUUGAAGAAAAUGCUCUACACUCAGAUUUGCUCCAGAUUAGAGUAAUUGAUUUGGAUGAAGAGUACUCAGCUAACUGGAUGGCAGUAAUUUUCUUUAUCUCCGGAAAUGAGGGAGGUUGGUUUGACAUAGAAAUGAAUGAAAGGACCAAUGUGGGAAUUUUAAAGGUUAUUAAGCCCCUAGAUUAUGAAGAUAUGAAGAAUCUGCAACUUAGUCUCGGUGUCAGAAAUCAAGCUGAAUUUCACCAUUCAAUUAUGUCUCAAUAUAAACUGACAGCAACCGCAAUCACUGUGACGGUGUUAAAUGUAAUUGAAGGUUCGGUGUUCCGUCCAGGUUCAAAGACAUAUGUAGUAACUAGUAACAUGGGACAGAAUUAUAAAGUGGGAGACUUUAUAGCUACUGACUUGGACACAGGUGAAGCUUCAACAACUGUUAGAUAUGUAAUGGGAAAAAAUCCAGCUAACCUACUCAAUGUUGACUCAAAAACAGGCAUAAUUACUUUGAGAAAUAGAGUUACCAUGGAACAAUACAACAUGCUUAGGGGAAAAUACCAAGGAACAAUUUUAUCUAUAGAUGAUAAUCUUCAAAGAACUUGUACUGGAACAAUUAAUAUUGAUCUUCAGGGUUCUGGCUGGGUUGACAAAGAAAAAGUUACUGAUGAUGACACCGGUCCUGGAAGCAGUGGGACUGUUAACGGAGGCAGUGAGAGUGACAAAACUUCCACUGAUUAUGCCGUUGGGACCUCGAUAACAGACCCCUAUCAAGCAUCAAGUCUCUCAGAUAAUGUCCAUUUUGGUCCUGCCGGCAUUGGACUGCUCAUCAUGGGAUUUUUGGUCCUAGGACUGGUCCCAUUUCUGUUGAUGUGCUGUGACUGUGGAGGUGCCCCAGGCGGGGGAGCUGGCUUUGAGCCUGUCCCCGAAUGUUCAGAUGGAGCAAUUCACUCUUGGGCAGUGGAAGGCCCACAGCCGCCUCCCGGAGAUGUGACCACUGUCUGUGUACCACCCCUACCACCGGAUAAUGCAAAUCUAAUUGAAUGCAUUGACACCUCAGGGGUUUACACAAAUGAGUAUGGUGGCAGAGAAAUGCAAGAUCUGGGAGGAGGAGAAAGAACAACAGGAUUUGAACUAACAGAAGGAGUUAAAACAUCAGGAGUACCUGAGAUAUGUCAAGAAUAUUCUGGAACAUUAAGAAGAAAUUCUAUGAGAGAAUGCAGAGAAGGAGGUCUGAAUAUGAACUUCAUGGAAAGCUACUUCUGUCAGAAAGCAUAUGCUUAUGCAGAUGAAGACGAAGGACGCCCGUCCAAUGACUGUUUGCUCAUAUAUGACAUUGAAGGUGUAGGUUCCCCUGCUGGCUCGGUGGGUUGUUGUAGCUUCAUUGGAGAAGACUUGGAUGACAGCUUUUUGGACACACUGGGGCCUAAAUUUAAGAAGUUGGCAGAUAUCAGCCUGGGAAAAGAAGUUGAACCAUAUCCAGACCCUGAUCCCUCUUGGCCACCUGAGAGCACCGAACCGAUUUGGUCUCAGCAGGGAACAGAGCCCAUCACUGGUGGACACCCACCCAUUCCCCCACAUUUCGGCACCACCACAGUCAUUUCUGAGAGUUCCUACCCCUCAGGACCUGGUGUACAGCAGUCCAUGCCUAUUCCUGAUCCUCUGGGCUAUGGUAAUGUCACUGUGACCGAGUCUUACACCACCUCGGGCACUCUGAAGCCCUCUGUCCAUGUUCAUGAUAAUCGACACACAUCAAACGUAGUGGUGACCGAGAGGGUGGUCGGCCCAAUCUCCGGCACUGAUUUGCAUGGAAUGUUAGAGAUGCCUGACUUGAGAGAUGGGUCAAACGUUAUAGUGACAGAAAGGGUAAUAGCACCAAGUUCAAGUCUACCCACCUCUUUGACCAUGCCUGAUCCUAGAGAGUCAUCAAAUGUGGUCGUGACAGAAAGAGUAAUCCGACCAGCUUCUGGCAUGAUGGGCAAUCUAAGUAUACACCCUGAGCUAUCAAAUGCCCAAAAUGUGAUUGUGACAGAGAGGGUUGUUUCUGGCUCUGGCAUAAGUGGAAUUAGUGGCCCAGCUGGGAUGAGCGGAGGCAGUGGCCUGGUUGGCAGUUCAGCUGGAGUAAGUGGUGGUGGCAUUGGGCUGAGUAGCCUGGGAGGAGGUGGGGGCCUGAGUAGCAGCAUGGGGGGCACAGCCACCAUUGGCCACAUGAGGAGCUCCUCUGACCAUCAUUUUAGCCAGACUCUUGGAUCUGCCUCCCCUAGUACAGCCCGAAGUCGAAUCACAAAGUACAGUACGGUACAAUAUACGAAGUAGCCAGGAUCCCAGCACACUUGUUCUCAGUAGUGGUGAUUUAGAUUCAACUCCCACCACCAAAAAACUAACAAUGUGAUUUAUGAUGCACAACUCGGUGCUAAGUAACUGUGGAGUGAGGUGAGAAACCACAAUGAGAAAAAUAGAUGGAAACAGUGCUGUUGGACAAGAGCUCUCCUUAGCAUUUGUAAACUUCUUUCUUACAUUAAUACUAAUGGAAUCAUGACAGUGAACUAAAACUUGAGACAGGAUCUUCUUUGUGCCUGUAUGGCCUGUAGGGUCUUCUUUGCUUCUGUGUGACCUAUCUGGUAUCUCCAGCAUAUGGAAUGAAUUAAACUCAGUCACGCAAAAGCACUGGUCUUAAGAUGGCUAUUGGCACAAUUCUCCUCGCUCUGUUUUGAUUUGCCAUGUAGCUCAGGCAAUAUUCAAAAAGGACUAACCGCAUAAUAUGAGCUCACGUGUGCAGGAAGACUUUGAAAUAUGUGCCAAGCACCUGGUCAAUUUCACAGAUAAUAGAAAUAAAAAUCCAACCAUAUAUUCAGACCAUGAUUAACCAUUAAAGAAAACAAAUCUGGCUACACAACCCAGUUCAUAAGCCGCCAAGCACUCCUACCCUAAUAAUUGCACUAGGUAAAAUAAACCUCAAAUUAGGAAGUGUUUCCUGGGAGGAAAUUUCCAUAAGAGAAUGGCAGUAGGGUGAAAUUCAUUUGGGGAAAAUUGGCAAUGUCUGAACCUGAAUCUUAAGAUGAGGCUUCAGCUAAAAUUCCCAUGGAGCCAUGGAGUUUUCUGAUUCUAGUUUGUGUUUAGUAGUAGAUGCAGUGUUUAUGAAUAUUGCAUACUGGCGAGGGUGCAGGAUAUCACACUUACUUUUCUCCUUAUCACUGUGGUUCUGACCUAAUAGUGUAAACUUGCCAAGUGUACUUCUCUGACUGAAGCAAGUAACAUCCAACAUGGUUGUCAUCCCUAAUGGUAAAUUACCUUCCAAGGAAACAGAUGGAAACCACAUUGUAUUUUCAGAUGUGUGUUUAGUAAGUGUUACUCAUCUAUAUCCAGCUCUUUAUUAUACAUCUCUUAAGUUAAAAUAAUUUACUUAAGCUGAGCUGUGAAAAAAAGCCUGCAGUAUGGUUAAGCUUUGGGGGAAUUUUUUUUAAGGGGAUCUAAAAAAAGUUUUUAGAACAUGUAAAAUGUUUAAUGGGAAAAGUUAGAAUUGUUCUGUACAGUAAUAUCGUAUUAUUAGUUUUAAUUGAGUUUAGUACUUUUUUAAACAACCCUCUGCUGCUAUUUUAAAGGGGUCAACAAAAACUUUUAACAGAGUUGAUGGUAUUGUGUUAACACAAAUGAAAUUGCACUAGACAACCCCUAUAUCCUUACUCUAUCUCACUCCCUAACUAAAUUUUCUCACUAGAAUAAAUCUUGCAUUCCUGAUUUGACUUGUCCAUAAGCUCUUGGCUUAUAUAAUGCUCCAAUUUAUAGAUAAUUCCCAAAUUAUAUAGUAUGAUAUAUUUUUCUAGCUUCAAAAUUUAAUAAUGUAUUAUUUAUGAUAUGUCAUUUCUAUGUGCUUGCUAUAUAGUAUUACCUGGUUUAAAAAAUCUCUAAAUAGAAUCAAAGCAUUCUUAGAUGGGGUAAAUUUACUCUAGCAAAGUAGAGGAAUUUUUUUUCUCUUUUCUAAAUUCAGUGUUAAUAUGAACUCACUAAAGUGAAACUGGAUAUGACAAAAUCUUUUAAGGAUUAUUCCCCGCCAAUUACUCAAAUUCCCCAGGGUGUGACAACAUGAAAGAAGAGUCAUUCAACUUCCAAUACUUGUCAAAGGGGGCUAGGGAGUGAACUAUUUUAUUAGAGCUAUUUUGCUCUAUGUUAUAGCAGAUGAUGUCAUUAUUUUCAAAGCCACAAUAUACAUCUUAUUUUAUGUCUGUAGACUAUGUGAAAUUUUGAUAGUCUGUAGCAUGCCAAAAUGCAGAGGUAUAAAUAAAGUCAUUCACA